AUGUCAACUAAUUUACAAGAUGAAGUGCACCGUUUAUCUAACCUUUCUAGAGUUGCAAACACUGAUAAAAAUACUGAAAAAUGGCUUCGUCAUUGCCUUGGUUAUGAUGGGAAAAUGCGAUUUCUACAAAUAGAUGGAUAUGGUGACACUAAUUAUUUAAAUCAUAAAUAUUUAUCAAAUGAUAAUAAUGAAGGAUUAAUUAGGCGAAUUAUUUUUUGGUUGUCAUUAUGUGGACUUCGUGGAGGGGAUAUAUAUUCACAAUCUAAGCCCAUCUUUAAACCACCACAUCAAAUUAACAAACCUUGGAAUUCUGCAUACCAGCAACAUAAAUCACGAUUAACUAAUUUGCAAGAAAAUCGAUCAAGUAAUCCUCAAGAAAAUCGAUCAG